CAGAGGUCCCUUCCAGCCCUGACUGUGCUGUGGUUCUUUGGCAGCUCCGUGACCAUCGAGAAGUGCCGGAGCAGCACGUUCGUGCUGGGCCCCGUGGAGACGUCGGUGCACGUGCAGAGCUGUGACGGCGUCAGGGUCAUGGUGGUUUGCCACCGCCUGUCCCUGGCAGCCACCACCGGCUGCACGUUCUACACUCUGACACCCACCCAGCCCCUCAUCCUCUCGGGGAACCAGGCGGUCAGCUUUGCCCCUUUCCACACCCACUACCCCAUGCUGGAGGACCACAUGGCUCAGGUGGGCUUGGCCACUCUGCCCAACUACUGGGACAGCCCCAUGCUGGUGUGCAGGGAGAGCAGUGACACGGGCGUGUUCCGCCUCCUGCCCCCCUCGGACUUCUACACCUUCGUGAUUCCCUUUGAGAUGGAAGGAGACACCACGGAGACGCCGGGGGGGCUCCCCCAGGAGUACCAGGAGGCUCUGAGGCAGCGGGAGCAGCGGGUGCAGGUGUGGCAGCGCGCGGUGAAGGAGGCGGGUCUGACCAGGGAUCAGAGGAAGCGGCUCCAGGCGUUGGUAGAAAACAAAUUCUACGAGUGGCUGGUGCAGACGGGGAACCGGCAGCAGCUGGACAGCCUCGUCCCCCUUGCCAUGGGAUCCAAGCAGGCAGCAGGAUAACAUCCCAUUCCUCAGCACAGAAGGAGAGGAAGGAGCUCAGGGAACAGGCAGCAAUACCCCCAGCCCAGUUCUCAUUAAGACUUUGUGGCCGUCCUGCCUGGACCCGCUGGAUCCAACACCCAGCCUUGCACUGUCUGGCUGCUUUAGGAUUCCUGAUCACUGCUGCCUUCCCGGGAGUGUGCUGUAGUUAUCCUGUUGGUGACUGAGAUGGCACUGGAGGAUGAUGAGUUGUGCCUUGUUGUAGAGCUGUCCUCAUGGUGGGUGUCCAUGUGUGCAGGUGUCCAGCACACCAGGGAUGCUGGGACAGAGCUGGAUGCAGGGCCCUGGGCAUCACCUGCAUUUCACGGUACAAACCAGCUGCACUGCUUUUAGAAAUGUGAAAAAGAAGUGUUUGAUUUUUUUUAUGAAUGCAAUCUGGUAGGUUUUUUUAAUAUGAAGAUGGCAUUAAGUGAUGGGGUUUUUACGGGAUGAACUUUUGUAAGCGCUGGGAUUUUGUGGAAUGAACUUUUGUACAUGGUUGCAUUGUUUUGACAAAUGUCAAUAAACCAGAGUUCUUGGAUAAACCUGGCACCUGUCCUAGGGAAGGGGUGUUACCUGUACAGUGGGUGUUAGAGAGACACAACACCUUUAAUCUUAAUGAAAUGGGAACCAGUCAGUGAGAGAAAAAUCCUGAUUUCUUGCCAGCCAUGGAGCUGAAGAGUUCGAAGGCUGCCCUGGCUCAGGGUUUUGAUACAAACACUGUUGCUGCUUUCCAUAUUUCUCAUAAAGAAUAUCAGCUUGGCUAAGCACCAUUCUCCUGUGCUGGUGGGAGCUGUUAUAGGAGAUGUACUUGUAGCUGAGCACCUAAAUAAACUCAGAAAACAGGGAAA